AUGGCAGAUGCUAAGGAUGUUGAUAUGUCUCACCAGAUGAAAGUGCAAUUGGUAAUUCCAUUAACCACCCAAGAUGACUUGGACAAAGCUGUGGAACUGCUGGAUCGUAGUAUUCAUAUGAAGAGCCUCAAGAUAUUACUUGUGAUAAAUGGAAGUACACAGCCUACUAAUUUAGAACCAUUGCCAUCACAAGAAGAUUUGGAUAACACAGUAUUUGAAGCAGAGAGGAAAAAGCGGCUUCCUAUAAUAGGUCCCAGUAAUAGAGAUAGAAGUUCCCCUCCCCCAGGAUACAUUCCAGAUGAAUUGCACCAGGUUGCCCGGAAUGGGUCAUUCACUAGUAUCAACAGUGAAGGAGAGUUCAUUCCAGAGAGCAUGGACCAAAUGCUGGAUCCAUUAUCCUUAAGUAGCCCUGAAAAUUCUGGCUCAGGAAGUUGUCCAUCACUUGAUAGUCCUUUGGACGGAGAGAGUUAUCCAAAAUCACGAAUGCCUAGGGCACAGAGCUACCCAGAUAAUCAUCAGGAAUUUUCAGACUAUGAUAACCCUAUCUUUGAGAAAUUUGGAAAAGGAGGAACAUAUCCAAGAAGGUAUCAUGUUUCAUAUCAUCAUCAAGAGUAUAAUGACGGUCGUAAAACUUUUCCAAGAGCUAGAAGGACCCAGGGGACCAGCUUCCGGUCUCCUGUGAGUUUCAGUCCUACUGAUCACUCCUUAAGCACUAGUAGUGGAAGCAGUGUCUUUACCCCAGAGUAUGACGAUAGUCGAAUAAGAAGAAGGGGAAGUGACAUCGACAACCCGACCUUGACUGUAAUGGACAUCAGCCCACCCAGCCGUUCACCUCGAGCGCCAACCAACUGGAGAUUGGGCAAACUGCUUGGCCAAGGAGCCUUUGGCAGGGUCUACCUCUGUUAUGAUGUUGAUACAGGAAGAGAAUUGGCUGUUAAGCAAGUUCAGUUUGACCCCGACAGCCCUGAGACCAGCAAGGAAGUAAAUGCACUUGAGUGUGAAAUUCAGUUGUUGAAAAACUUGCUGCAUGAGCGCAUUGUUCAGUAUUAUGGCUGCUUGAGGGAUCCCCAGGAAAAAACACUUUCUAUAUUUAUGGAAUAUAUGCCAGGGGGUUCAAUUAAGGACCAAUUAAAAGCUUAUGGAGCUCUUACUGAGAAUGUGACUAGGAAAUACACUCGUCAGAUUCUGGAAGGUGUUCAUUAUUUGCACAGUAACAUGAUUGUUCAUAGAGAUAUCAAAGGCGCAAAUAUCCUGCGAGAUUCAACAGGCAACGUCAAACUAGGAGAUUUUGGGGCCAGCAAACGGCUUCAGACCAUCUGUCUCUCAGGGACAGGAAUGAAGUCUGUCACAGGCACACCGUACUGGAUGAGCCCUGAAGUAAUCAGUGGUGAAGGUUAUGGCAGAAAAGCAGAUAUCUGGAGUGUAGCAUGUACUGUGGUAGAAAUGCUAACUGAAAAGCCGCCUUGGGCUGAAUUUGAAGCAAUGGCUGCCAUCUUUAAAAUCGCCACUCAGCCAACAAACCCAAAGCUGCCACCUCAUGUCUCAGACUAUACUAGAGAUUUCCUCAAACGGAUUUUCGUAGAGGCCAAACUGAGACCAUCAGCUGAUGAACUCCUACGGCACAUGUUUGUGCAUUAUCACUAGCAGCCAGUAACCUCUCCUGUGCCUCUACCCCGCUCCCACCUAUUCAUUGACCUUCUCUCUGACUGCACUUUUCUUUUUUUAUAAAAAAAGAGAGAUGGGGGAGAAAAAAGACAAGAGGGAAAGUAUUUCUCUUGAUUCUUGGUUAAAUUUGUUUAAUAAUAAUAGUAACCUAAAUUUUUUAUAUUUAAUCUUUUUUUCCUUACAAAAACUUGAAACUUCUUUUUUUUUUAAUUUUUAUAAUGUACUGAUGUGGUUCAGAGAGAUAAAGCACUUUAGUACAUAGUCACUCUUUUUAGUACAAAUCAUUUGGAAUACCUAAAGAUUGUAGAGUCUUUCUUGUAUCACGGACAUAUCAGUGGUGUUUGGGAGACAUGGAAAAUAAGGAGAAGAAAAUGAUGUAUAAUUUGUAGUUUUUAGGGAUAGUAUUUAAAGUAGAUCCUCAUUUGUGAGGUUGAGCCCUAAACUUGAGUUUAGGGUAGAGGUACUCAAAGAAUAUAGAUUCCUUCUUAUGUCUGUAUUCUUUAGAUCCUAACCUCUGUCUACCAAGCAUUUUGCUCAGUAGGAAUCUUGAUAGAAGAUAUGAAUCUCUAAGAGGUAUGUUUAUUUGUUAACUCUAACCCGUAAAAUAAGCAAAUACACUAUAAUAGAUCCAUGUUACUGGAGUCUGUAAACCUUGAGGGAUAGCUUUCUGCUUAAACAAAAUCCUGUUUCAUUUUAAAGUCAAUGAGCAGAUCCAAGUAAAAGUCAAAAGGAGAUUGCUCUCGUUGUGUGUGAGCAGUAGAAGAAACCACAUUUGCUAGUUAGUAGAAAUAAAGAAAAAAAAAAGAACUGAGUAUUUAGUGCAUUUUAAACUAUGUUCUUUACUUGAGGGGGCAAGUCCCAAAAUUAAAGGAAUGGAGAAAUAAUUAAAAUCAUGUAUACUACCUUCCUACUUCUAGCUCCUGAUUCUUCACAGAUAACAUUUUUAGUACCUAAGAGUUUGGCCAGGAGUAUCCAUGUGUUAUGUCAUGAGAUGAAACCCUUGUUCUUGGGAUCACAGAAUAUUAAAGUACCUCAAAAAAAA